AUGGAGAAAUCUCCCAAUAUCGUCAAAAUUUGUGAGGUAGGACCACGGGACGGCCUACAAAACAUUCAGUCAACAAUCCAAACGGAUGUCAAACUAGAUUUGAUCACGCGCCUCCAAAAAGUGGGACUGACCACGAUCGAAUUAACAUCAAUCGUGUCGCCGCGGGCGAUCCCUCAAUUGGCGGAUUGUCAGGAUGUGCUUCGCGAUACCCACGUCAAAGAUUCGAUUGCCGAUUCAAGAUUCCAACUUCCUGUACUCGUGCCGAAUGUAAAGGGUCUGGAAAUUGCACUUCAGCAUCAUGUUCGUGAGGUUGCUGUGUUUGUUAGUGCAACGGAGGGCUUUAGUCGGGCGAACAUCAAUUGCUCGGUUCAAGAGGGAAUCGGCCGAGCGAAAGAAGUGAUUUCGUUGGCGCUAAAGGCUGGCAUUCAGGUGCGCGGAUACGUCUCAGCCAUUUUCGAGGACCCUUACACCGGCCCAACACCACAGUCCGCCGUCCUGCACGCAGUCCAGCAGUUACUACAGGCAGGCUGCUACGAAAUCAGUCUAGGAGAUACCCUCGGCGUAGGAUCGCCAUACAACGUGCGAAGCCUAAUCACCUACCUGAAAAGUCAUGCAAUCCCCGUCGACCGGCUUGCCGGGCAUUUCCACGAUACAUAUGGGCAGGCAGUGGCGAAUGUCUGGGAGGCAUAUCGUUGCGGCUUGACUACCUUUGACAGUAGUGUCGCGGGUCUCGGCGGGUGCCCUUUUGCGCCUGGUGCGAAGGGAAACGUCGCGACUGAGGAUCUGGUGUAUAUGUUUCAUAAUGCGGGUAUCAAUACGGGUGUGGAUAUAGAGAAGCUUGUUGAGACAGGGAAUUGGAUAUCGGGUCAGCUUGGAAAAUCCAAUUCUAGUCGAGCAGGGGUCGCGUUGGCAGUCAAGAACGGCGCAAAGCUUGACUCGAGGUCUGUGAAGCCGGAGACCUGUUCUAAGCAGGCCAACGAUCCCCUCAAGUGGAAACUGCUGUCGGAAUCAGAGGGCCUCCUCCUCCAUCGCUCCGGCGUCAACCUCAAAAUCACCUUGAACAGACCGAAGAACGGAAACGCUUUGACAGCAACCAUGAUUUCGCAUCUGACAGCCACAAUUACCGACGCGAGCACCAACCCAAAAAUAUCCCGCAUCAUUAUAACGGCGAACGGGAAGUAUUUCUGCACAGGGAUGGACCUGGGAAAGAGUACGCCAGUCGCACAAGGUGGUGAUGCGAGCAAAGCCCAAUUUGAACGUCUGACAGGACUAUUCGAAGCAAUCGACGGUUCACCUAAGGUGACGAUUGCCGCUAUCAAUGGACCUGCAUUCGGUGGCGGUGUUGGCCUGGCGUUUGCGUGCGACAUUCGUCUGGCGACAAGGUCCACGGCCAUGACGCUCAGCGAAGUCAAGCUCGGUUUAUGCCCAGCAACCAUCUCCAAGUAUGUAAUCAGGGAAUAUGGGCUGCAGUUUGCAAGAGAGGCAAUGCUGUCGGCAAGGCCAGUCAAGGCCGAGGAAUUGUUGGCUCGUCGGACUUUUUGCGAUGUUGCAAGUGAUGCGAAACAGCUAACCGAGAAGCUGAGCGCGUUGUUGCAAAGGCUCAGAAGCGCGUCGCCGGAAGCCUCGAGGAUGUCGAAAGAGCUGAUUAGACUCGCCUGGGCGCAUGGAGGGAGCGAAGAGCAGGCAAUUGGUAUCAGAGCGCUCUUUGAUCAGAUGAUGCGGCCAGAUUCUCCCGGGGGAUUCGGCGUGAAGGAAUUCCAAAGUGGGCGAAAGGUAGAUUGGGAUGCAUACACAUUGCGACAGGCGGAGGUGAAGGCGAAGCUCUAA